CAUGGGGGCAGGGCGUUUUGUGCUAAUACAGAAUCAGAACAACUGUCACUUCUUCAAGUUGAAGGCUUCUUGAAUCUAUCAUUUGGAAUCUAGACUGCCGCCCAGGGUGAACCUGCACAGUGCCCAUGCACUGAGUUGUAAACUUGCAGUCUCAUCACGUCCUUCUGAAUGUAAUCCAUAUGAUUAUCACGAUCGCUCAAAUUUGCAACACAGAGGUGCCGUGAGUUCCGAAUCUUCGAGGUGAGGUAUUCUGAGUCCUCGUAUAUGCCUCAUGGCACACAUAGCCAUAUGCCCAUUGCCCACUGGACCUGUGCUCGGGCGCUCGCAGAAUUCACCCACUCCGGCGAUGGUUAUAAGCCGUGCUGGACGCUCCCCAGCUGUCUCAAUCACCUUCCUCCAUGAAUCCUUUAAACUUAAGACGGAAAUUCAAUCGCUUCCGAACUCUCUUUACAGGAAGAGGCCGUGGUCAUAGGCCUGUGCUGGACACUCCUUCACCUUCCUCCAGCGCUCCUUCACCUUCCUCCGUGGAUCCUUCAUCAAGAGACAUCCAGAGCGCUGCUUCACCUCCCUCCAUGGAUCCCUCAACGAUAAAAGAGAAAUGUGGACGCUUCCGAAUCCUCAUAAUAGGAAGGGCAAAUGCAGGAAAGACCACCAUACUCCAGAGGGUUUGUAACACACGGGAGAACCCAGAAAUAUAUAAUAGCGCUGGGGAAAAGGUGGGCAUAAUGAUACUCGUACGCGGAGAGCACGAUAUCGAGAAUGAAAUGGUAUUUCGAAGCAACCCAAGAUUCGUCUUUCACGAUUCGCGCGGCUUUGAAGCCGGUGGGCAAUCCGAAUUCAACACGGUGAAGGCAUUUAUCGCAGACCGUUCCAAGAGAACUAGUUUGAAGGAUCGACUCCAUGUCAUCUGGUACUGCAUACCGAUGAAUGAGGCAUGCCGGUCUUUCACUGAAGGGGAAAUCAAAUUUUUCUCUCACUGUGACACCGGAAGCAUUCCGGUGAUAGUAUUGUUUACCAAAUUUGAUGCCCUCCACACCAUCGAAUUCGCCCAGCUGAAAAGGGAUGGAGCAUCCAGGAAAGAUGCUAAGGAACUAGCCCCGAAGCGGGCUGAAGAGUCAUUUGCGAACGGCUCGCAAUUGAAGUUUCUAUACAACCCCAACGACAUUGGACGGCCUCCAAAAUGCCAUGUAUGCCUCCCGAGUAAGCCGCUUAAUUAUCGAUUUAUGAUUUAUGAUGAUUCGUGAUCUACACGCGACAUCAGACAUGGACAAGGAUGACGCAGACUGCGGACCGCUCCUCGAACGGACGGCUGAAACUCUAGACAAUACAGUGCUUCAGCAGUUGUUCGUCUCAACUCAGCAGACCAACUUGGAGCUCUGCAUGAAAUAUGCAGUCGAAGCAACACUCGCGGAAUUUGUCGAAUCUGCUCAAACAAACCGAUCUCGCAUUUCUGCGGGUCAUGUAAAUGAAAUAAGGAAGUUGUGUGCCUGGUUUCCACAC